AUGGCGGCGCUGCCCCUAGCGCUGCUGCUGCUGCCGCUCGUGCUGCCGCUCGUGCUGCGCGCCGCGCCCGCCGCCGCCGACGGCGCCAAGGGCAAGCAGAAGGCGCUGCGGCAGCGSGACGUGCUGGACGUGUACAACGGGAUGUGCUUGCAAGGCCCCAGCGGAGUUCCGGGGCGCGACGGGAGCCCCGGCGUGAACGGCAUUCCCGGGACACCCGGCAUCCCGGGCCGCGAUGGCCUCAAGGGCGAGAAGGGCGAGUGCAUGCGGGAGAGCUUCGAGGAGUCCUGGACGCCCAACUUCAAGCAGUGCUCGUGGAGCGCCCUGAAUUACGGCAUCGACCUGGGCAAAAUAGCAGAAUGCACGUUCACGAAGAUGCGCUCCAACAGYGCCCUGCGCGUGCUCUUCAGCGGGUCGCUUCGGCUGAAAUGCAGGAAYGCCUGUUGUCAGCGCUGGUAUUUUACCUUUAAUGGAGCAGAAUGUGCCGGGCCUCUUCCCAUUGAAGCCAUCAUAUACCUAGACCAGGGAAGCCCCGAGCUGAAUUCCACCAUUAACAUACACCGAACCUCUUCAGUGGAAGGUCUGUGUGAAGGGAUCAACGCUGGCCUCGUGGACGUGGCCAUCUGGGUUGGCACUUGCUCAGAUUACCCRAGGGGAGAUGCUUCCACUGGAUGGAACUCAGUCUCCCGUAUCAUCAUUGAGGAACUGCCCAAAUAACUUUCCCCUCUCCCGAUUUUUUUUUAGUAUUUUGUAUUUCUAUAGAGGUGGRUGCAAGUAUUUGACUAAAAUGCAGCAAAUUCUUGCAUCCGUAGUGUUUGUCUACCUUCCUUUUUGGUACACUGAAGAAGCUUUUAUCAUAAUCAUUUUAGAAUAUAAAUAUCUGAAACAAGGUAGUUUUUUUUAAUUCAUUGUUUGGACUGAAAUACGAACAUGUAUCACCAUUUUAAGAAUUGUAACUUUUUUAUAUCGAAUAAAUAAGACCUUUUA